AGAAGGAAGAAAGAAUCUGAUAAUAUUUCACUAAUUGUUAUUUGUAGGUGUCAGAGAAGCUCUGAGUGUCCCAUGUGUUUGCAAUCCAUUAGUCUUAAAGAUCCCACCAGUCAAGAAUUGUUUGAGGCUGUAGAACGGGAGAGGAAAAUCAGGGCUGCUCCUUCAAGAAAUGCUACUAUUUUUCAUCAUCCUACACUUGGGGAUUUCGAGUUGCAGCAUCUACCAGUUGGUGUGAGUGAUUCUGAACUUGAGGAGCGUAUAAUCCAGCACCUGGCUGCCGCUGCUGCUAUGGGAAGGACCCGCCACUUUGGUAGGAGGGAAGGGCAGAGAAACAGGGCAUCUUCCCAUGGCCGUCCACACUUCUUGGUAUUUUCUUCUAAUCCUGGUGCACAGCCUUCUGGUCAUGUUUCUUCCUCUUUGACUCAGCUAGGCGGGGAAAAUGAACCAGCUCCAGUCUCUGUAGCUAGUCCAUCCACACCACUCACUUCUGUUGGGGAUGAACCACCACAACAAGCCUUACAAUCCCCUUCUAUUUUAACUGAUCAAAGUUCCUCUGCAUCUGGAUCCACAGCGAUGCCUGCAAAUAAUCAAGGAGUUUCCUUUAAUAAUAGGAGCGCUUCUAGCCUGUCUUCACUGCCAAAUCAAGAUAGAGCCGGACCAUCAGAAUUCCAGUCAUUUUCAGAGUCUCUAAAAUCUAGGCUUAAUGCAGUUUCAAUGAGGUACAAAGAGUCAAUUUCAAGAAGUACAAGAGGGUGGAAGGAGAGGCUGUUUUCUCGUAACAGUUCAAUGUCUGAUAUCAGCUCUGAUGUUCGAAGAGAAGUGAAUGCAGGAAUUGCAACUGUAUCUCGUAUGAUGGAGCGCCUUGAAACCAGAGAUAACAGUGGAGACAACCAAGUUUCUGUGUCAAAUCAUUUGACUGAUCGCUCCAAUGUGGAGAGGAGCAACCAGAAUAAUGCUGUGACUCACAUGGAGAGCCCAUUAAAUGAAGGAAGUACACCAGCUGCUUGUGCUGCAAGUUCAGCAUCUACUUAAGUUAAAGAGUUUCUUCAGCAAUUACGUCUGUCCUCAGCAUUUCAUCUUUGAAGUUUUCAGGUUGUGACCUCUUUCACUCCAAAUAUGACAUGCUGAGGAGAAGAUGCUGUGUAUCACAAAGCAGAGGAUGAGCUUUCACCUGAAAUUGAAUAAAAAGGUAAGAAAGAGUAAGUCUUUAGAAACAACUUCCAUGUGGACAGAUAUACAUUGGGUAUAUGUAUGUAAAUUUGUUUUGUAACCCAGAUUUGUUUCAAAGCUAAAGCCAGAACAUCCCACGCGGAAAUUGUAUUCGAGCUAUAUGUAUUAUGCCUGGAUGGUUGGAUUUUCGUACAAGCAGAACACUAAUACAUCUAUCUAAUCAUGCAUUGAAAUGUUAGAACCCAGGCCUUUUAAAGGAAAAUUACUGGUUUGCAU